AUGCACAUACCGACUAUUGCUUCCACGGUCAAUGCCCCCCCGACACCGUUACUACAUCUCUUUGCCCCUGAGGGUGGAUCGCAACCCGGCGCCGGCUAUGAAAAGUGGUCGUCUUUCAUCGGCAUUGUUACGGCAAUCGUGGGGAACAUCCUCAUCUCCUUUGCUCUGAACACCCAGAGAUAUGCGCACAUCCUCAUAGACCGCGAGUACUCCGAAUCCAGAAAAUCAUUUGCGAAUGGACACACUGCGCCUGAGCAUGGGUCCGGCGUUGCCGGCGAUCAGCAGGAAGAGAUUGCAGAAGAGCGAAGGAGAAAAAAUCUUGGAAUAUCCAAUCACAAAAGAAGUGUAGAUGAAGAAACGGAUGGUUCAGCGCAGCGUUCCUCAGAGGAGACUCUACAGCCUUCUUUGGGACUUACUCAGCAAGACCAUCGCCGCGAAAAAGACCCAACCACCGACGCCGAAAGGGCAUCUUACCUCAAGUCGCCUUACUGGUGGCUCGGCCUGGUGCUGAUGAUCAUUGGCGAGACGGGCAAUUUCCUUGCCUAUGGCUUCGCUCCCGCAUCCAUUGUCAGCCCACUGGGUGUUGUCGCCUUGAUCUCAAAUUGUCUGAUUGCUCCCCUGAUGCUCAAGGAACGGUUCCGCCGCCGCGAUCUGUACGGGGUGUUGGUUGCAAUUGCCGGGGCUGUCACCGUCGUGUUAUCCGCACGAAGCAGUGAGGCUAAAUUUGGCCCCGGUGAUCUAUGGAGGACCAUCAAGAGGUGGGAAUUCCUCCUCUACGUCAUCAUCACCGUGGUGCUCAUUGGGGCUCUGAUGUAUGCCGAACCGCAAUAUGGUCGCAAGACCAUACUUGUCGACCUUGGCCUGGUGGCGCUGUGCGGAGGCUAUACGGCGCUCUCCACCAAAGGCGUCUCGUCCCUUUUGUCUGUGUCUCUCUACAAGGCGUUUACCUUUGCCAUCUUCUACUUCCUUGUGCUUGUCCUUAUUGCCUCGGCGCUCAUGCAGAUCCGAUAUCUGAACCGUGCUUUGCAGAACUAUGAUUCGACGCAGGUUAUACCGACACAAUUUGUACUCUUCACCCUUUCCGUCAUUAUUGGAUCGGCGGUGCUGUACCGAGAUUUUGAACAUACGACAUUGGAUCAGGCAAUCAAAUUUGUCAUUGGAUGCCUGUUGACCUUUUUUGGCGUGUACCUCAUCACAAGUCAACGUCACGAGAUCGGCGAAAGUGAAGGACCGGCAAGAGACGAGGAGGAGACGAUACAGCUUCUCGACGAGGAGGCAGAAGAGGUCGACGAGCGGACGCCAUUAAAGCACGAUGCGCCAAAGCCGAUGCAGAUGGACGGCUAUCCGGUGGUCUCCGAUGCAGAGCAAGCACAAGCAGCGACGGCCACGCCACGAACGCCGAGACGAUUAUCAAAUGCAUCUUCGAUACUGCCCUCGAUCUCCGUAACGCCUGCUGAACCUUCCGAAGACCUCAUUUCCAACCCCUGGCUCUCUUCCACCGAGCACAUUGACGUUUCCCUGCCGCCCCUAACACCUCAAAUCAGUGGACUUCGCGACGCAUCUACACCAUUCUAUACCCCUGCCACAUCAAGACCCCUGCAACGCUCCGCCUCUUCACCUGCAGAACCAGAAACACCCUCGAAACCAUCCGGUUCUCCUCGACCACCCAGCCCAGACAGGUCUGCGAGAAUUACGCCGGACGACAACUCUCCCGCUCCCAGCUUUCUCGCUCGUGGCUCUAGGGGAAGCAUUUCACGCCUUUUCCCUGUCCCAGGCCCGCUGUUGCCCCCUCUCUCAAACUCGCUCAGCGCCUUGGUGGCAGACUCAUUACUAAAAGGCGAAGGAUCCCCCCGUUCCGUGCGCGCUGCACUUCGUCGCACCCGGUCUGGGCGGCACUCCAUCGACGACCGACGACGAACCGUCGCUUUGGCUGAUGACAUCGACGGAUUCGAUCCGCUCGCAGCGUUGAACAUGCACUGGCAGAACCGCAGCGCCGACAGCGCGCAGGAUCUAAGCCGUGCACAGACGCACGAGGCGAGACCACCAGGGGCUCGAAGAGAUGGUGAUGGAGUCGAGGCAGAUCUCGCGUUGGACGACGAGAGCGAUAUGGUCAAGCGAAAAACAAGACUUCGGGCGUUGAGCGAGACCUUGAGCGGGAUGAUGAGUCGACACUCGUCCGGUCGGAAGCGGAGUGAGAGCCACGGCAAAGGGAAAGAUGGACCGGGACCCCAGACUGAGUUUGGUGGAGAUGAAGAUGGAGAUGGAGACGGAGCUGAUGAUAACACCACGGAGCGUGCAACGGAGCGGUGA